CCAUCCUCCCCGAUCGCAUGCAAACCGUGCACCCCCAGCAGCAGCGUUGCCCCCGCGCAACCCACGCGCAUCGCGCGCGCGGUGAUCACUGCUCAGCCCGUGUCGACCUCCAUGGCCGUGGCCUGCGCGCAUGCCCAGCCCGCGUGGGCGCUGGCGCUCGCGGCGCUCGGGCUCCUCGUGUCCGCGCGCGCCGCGGCGCGCCUCGCGCUGUGGCUGUACGCGGCGUUCCUCCGCCCGGCGAAGCCUCUGCGCCGCCGCUACGGCGCGUGGGCGGUCGUCACGGGCGCCACGGACGGGAUCGGCCGCGCGCUGGCCUCCCGCCUGGCCGCGGCCGGGCUCGGGCUCGUCCUCGUUGGCCGCAGCCCCGACAGGCUCGCCGCCGCCUCGACCGACAUCAGAGCCAGGCACCCCGGCGCCCAGGUCCGCACCUUCGUCCUGGACUUCGCCGCCGACGGGCUCGCCGGGAAGGUGGACGCGCUCGGAGAGUUCGUCCGGGACCUCGACGUCGGCGUGCUCGUGAACAACGCCGGUGCGUGCUACCCGUACGCGCGCUACUUCCACGAGUUGGACGAGGCGCUGGCGCGGGGCAUGGUGCGGCUCAACGUGGAGGCCACCACGCGGGUGACGCACGCCGUGCUCCCGGGCAUGGUGGAGCGCGGGCGGGGCGCCGUCGUGAACAUCGGCUCCGGCGGCGCCUCCAUCAUGCCGUCCUGCCCACUUCACACCGUCUACGCCGCCACCAAGGCGUACGUCGAUCAGUUCUCGAGAUCCCUCUAUGUGGAGUACAAGAGCAAAGGUAUUGACGUGCAGUGCCAGGUACCCAUGUAUGUGGCGACGAAGAUGGCGUCCAUCAGGAACCCGAGCUUCUUCGCGCCGUCGCCGGAGGCGUACGCCCGUGCCGCCAUCCGCUACAUCGGGUACGAGCCUCAGUGCACGCCGUACUGGCCCUGGCCGCACGCUCUGUGGAAGCUCGUCUCACUUCUGCCCGGCCCUGUUGCCGACAGGGUGAUCCACAACAUGGCCCUCGACGGCCGCACCAAGGGGAGGGCCAAGGACGCCAGGAAGAAGGCGCAGUGAUACUGUUACUGGCAUUCUUCCACAUCUGUGCAUGUAAUCUUAAUAUCUUAUACUUUCUCCAUCCAUAAAAAAAUAUAAUUAUAAGAUCAGUGCCGAUCAAACUAGUUCAAAUUUGACCAAAUUUAUAGUAAAUAGUAUUAGCGCUUAUGUCUUCAAAUGAAUUUAUUAUAAAAUAUACUAUAACUAAUAUAAUGGUACUUAAUUUGUACCAUAAGUGGUGUUAUUACUUGUUAUAUAAUUUUAAUCAAAAUUUAAUCUGUUUGGCUUAUCGAAAAGUAAGAAUUGCAUUCUUUUGUGGAUGGAGAAAGUAAUAGGUUGGUAUACAUUGUUUGUCUCUUCUUUUGCUACUGCCGCCCGCUCAUGUAAAAUGUGACGGUACCUUUUUUUUUGGAGGAAGAAGUGUGGUGGACAUAAAAGUAUUUGUGCCAUAUUGGUCGUACUAGCGCCGGGGUUCAGUCGUCACCCCAAACCCGGCUGAUGCAAAUGAUUCUUCAAUCAGAUGCUCCUUCAUCUAGAAUGCUGUAGUCCGAAAGCACUUUCCAG